UAUGCAGGAGGUGGUGAAGAAACGGCCGAUAAUCUCUGCUCGAGAAAGAGGCCCGGGCCCUGGACGCUACGCUCUGCCCCCUACAGUUGGAUACAUCAACCAUGACUUCACCAAGCCCAGCAGCCCCGCUUACACCUUCCACAGCCGCAUGAGCACCACCAUGGUCUCUGUAGACUCCAGCCCAGGACCAAGGUACCACAUUGACUCCAAGGUCACCCGGUUUGGCCGGAUGGAGACGCCAUCGUACUCCAUUUUGGGCAGAGGAAGGCGCAUAGGGCAUCAAAGCGUGCUGCACCAGACUCCCGGGCCAGGUGCCUACAGCCCAGAGAAGGCUCCACCUCUCGGGAUUCACCAAAGACCACCGUCCUACACCAUCGGCUCCCGCACUAGAUACCGCUCUGUGGACGCUGUACCAGCACCCAACAGCUACAGUCUUCCUAAUCUGCUGGGCUCCCAGAUUCCUAAUAAAACUGCCAGUGCCAGCUACAGCUUCUCAGGCCGGAGGAAGGUCGGAGCUCCCUCAGAAGACCUCUCCAUGAGCCCCGGACCGGCAAAAUACAACAUCAUCAACCCGGAUGUUUACCGCCAGCGCCAGCCAUCCUUCUCCAUGCAGAGCCGAACUAAGAGGCCCAAUUAUUCCUCUGCUAUUCCCGGACCCGGCGCGUACAGUCCAGAGAAGUUUCACCUACACCUGCCCAAGCCACCGUCCUGCACUCUGGGUGUCAGACACUCAGAGUUUGUCACCCCACUCGUGGUGGAUGUGGUUGACUGAUGGAUUCAAUACAAAUGCCUUGUUUCUAUUCGA